UUCUUAGUGCUUGCAUUUUGCUACAUAUUUCUUAUCAAUGCUCAGCCCAUGUGGUCACGCAUACUUGGUGUUUUUCUACUUAUUAAUGAGACUCAGCUACAACAAACAAUGCCGAUCACGACUGAAUAUUUUGUCGAUCGAGAAAAGCAUUUCUAUAUAUUUCUGCUGCACACGAACGUAACCCUUUGUCUAGGGACGUUCGUGACUCUAGGGAUUGGUACGAUGUUCGUAGGAUAUCUUCGACAUGUCUGCGGGAUGCUUAAAAUCGCCAGUUAUCGUAUCGAGCAAGCAAUGGGCACCGAAUCUUCACAAGAUACUGAAGUGAAAAAUGAGAUAAUGAUCUGUAAGGAGAUAAUUUAUGCCGUGGAUAUCCAUCGUAAAGCUUUGAGGUCCUCAAAAUCUAUUACAUCCACAUUUGAGGGAAUGUUCUUUCUUUUAUUAGCGUUUGGUGUAAUUUGCCUGAGUCUUAAUCUUUUUCGGAUUUUUCAGAUUGUAUCGUUUGAAAACGAUAUCCAGGAACUUUUGUUACGUCUUGCCAUUGUAAAUGCCAUACUUUUGUACAUAUUUUUGGUGAGCUAUACUGCGCAGGAAAUUACAGAUCAUAAUAACCACGUAUUCGAGACCGUAUAUAAUAUACCAUGGUACAUGGCUCCAUUACACAUACAGAAGAUGAUACUAUUUCUGUUGCAAAGAGGCAGCAAAACUUUUACCUUGAGCCUCGGUGGAUUAUUCGUGGCAUCCUUAGAAAGUGCCUCUACGGUCUGAAUAAUAAUACUUUAUAUCGAAAUAUAUUGAACAUACAUAACUCUAUGGACGAGCAUAGUGAAGAAAGGCAAUUUGCUUACAGUUGGCGAGUGCCUCCAUAUCUUACUUCACUAUUCUUUAUUCCACACAACAAUGACGUAAGAAUUACCGCGAAUAAUCAACUACCAGCUAAUAUCAUGUAGUGUAUUAAAUAGCAUCAAAAGAAAUUUAGGCUUGAGUUGCUCAAAAGUUAAGUCAACUGAAGUCUACUUGAAAUUCAGCAUUAACAAUAAGGCAAUUAAAAUAUAAACGAAAAUUUUGCCGAUAUGCAGAUAAAGUUACAGGAAUUUAGAGGUGCUAACAUGACGAGGAACAUAAAAUAAUAAUAUUUUCAGUAAAAUGUAACGUGUCGUAUAUUUUACCGGAGAUAAAUCGAUGGUUUAUAUGCCGAUUCGACAGCGGAAUGAAGAAAAAUCGUUUUUGAAGAGUCAACAGUGAUCUACGAAUACGCACUAGAAUGAAGCACGUGGAAAACGCUCAACUGCGAAGUGGUGGUAGAAGCACCUGCGCAGUCCUUCAUCGACCCUUGCUGAUAUUUUCUCGAUAAGAAAUAAACGUUCGUUGAAAUUACGUUUGUAUUCAAUCGAUCGCGUAAUCACCGAACUUUUCGCCGGCGAAUAUGCUAAAUCGCAAGUAUUCCAAACACACGGUGAUAUUCCGCGCCGCUUUAAAUUACACUAAGAAAAAUAUUCGAAAUAUCCGAUUG